AUGACCACAGCACAAGUCGCACAAUCGUCCAAACAGGCCGAGCAGGAGGCGCAGAUCCGCGCCGUGAUUGCCAACCUCGAGGCGAUCAACCGCAAGCUCGGCGAGGCCGACCCGACCGAGAUCAUCGAGUGGGCCAUCGACAACCUGCCCGGUCUCUACCAGACCACGGCGUUCGGCAUCACCGGCUGCAUCACCGUCGACAUGAUUGCGCGCAUCAGCGAGCAGCGCGCCGCCAAGCAGGGCCGUCCUGACCACCACCUCGUGCCGCUCAUCUUUGUCGACACGCUCUACCACUUUCCCCAGACACUCGACCUCGCCCAGAAGGCUGCCAAGCACUACAACGCCGAGAUGCACGUCUACUACCCACCAGGCACCACCACCGUGCGCGAGUUCGAGGACAAGUGGGGCACACAACUGUGGGAGAAGGACGAAGACACGUACGACUAUCUCGUGAAGGUCGAGCCUGCGCGUCGUGCGUACGAGGAGCUCGGCGUGCGCGCCGUCUUCACGGGACGUCGUCGUUCGCAAGGCGCUGACCGGGCCUCGCUCAACGCGGUCGAGGUGGACGAGACGGGCCUCAUCAAGGUCAACGCGCUCAUGAACUGGUCCUUCGGCCAGGUGGAUGCGUACGCCAAGGCAAACGCCGUGCCGUACAACGAGCUGCUCGAUCUCGGCUACAAGUCGAUCGGCGACUGGCACUCGACUGCGCUGCCAGGCUCCGGCGACUCGGGCGAGCGCGCAGGCAGGUGGAAGGACAAGGCGGGCAAGACCGAAUGCGGUCUGCACAAGGACUACUUCAAGAUGAAGAACUUGGCCGAGAAGAAGCUGCGUGAAGCCGAGCUCGCCCGCAAGGACGAGGCGCGCGACAAGGCAGCCGCCUCUGCCCAAGCCGAGGCCCUCUCCACCCGCGCAUGA